GAGCGAGAAAGCCUCUGGUAACUGGGUCCCCUUACCCCUCCGGUUCGGUCGCCCCAGCCGCUUCACUCCUUCGAGCAACUGGAGGUUCUCGUCAGCUUGUCAGUUAGUGCCGUGGCGCCGUGACGGUACGGUUGUUGCUUGGUGCGUUGUUUCGUUUGAUCGUACGGCUCGCGAAACGUGUCUGCUAUUCAAUGGGGACCUUGCUCCGGACCCAUCGUCGCGACGGACACUGUUACGAGCAGGGAGAUAGUCAGUGAUUCAGUUUGGUGACUGGAGAUUAGUCGCGUGUGCUUAUUUACAUCAGAUUGUUUCGUUUUAGUUUUCUUCUUUAGUUCUUUGACUUUGGUUUUUACCUUUCUUUGAGGGGGGCGGAGGAUAUAUUUUACGUGACUAGUUCGGUAGACCUUGUAAUAGUGCGUUUUUGUAAUUGCAACGUGUAUUGCAAGGUGCGACGAGAGAAAGCAAGUGAGGUAUUCUGUAUUUGAAGCAGAGUAAGAGAAGAAAAGGCGGGAAGAGAAGAUCAGGGCUGUGAUCGAUGAUUUCUUACGUGCUGUUUGGUGUGUGCGCGUUCUAUGCCUGAUCAACGUCCGUGCAGUACGCGGUAUUGUAGAUAAGGUUUCAGGAAGUUGCAGUUUAGAAUUUUUAAACUCUUCGCAUUUAGGGGUGAGCGCAUCAAUUUUGGCCAUUAAGCCCUAUAGAGAGUGAGACGUUAACGCGAUAGCCGAAACGAUACGGUUAUGAAAGUUCGAUGACCAGUGGAUAGCGGACCAUCCAUCGACGCCACCAUGGACUACCUGCAGACGUGCCUCAUCUUCUACCUAUUGAUCCUCUGUUUCUGUGGAGGACGAACUAUAGACAUAUCACAAUGCAUCGCACCCCUAGGGAUGGAAUCUGGUGCGAUUCCCGAUGCAGACAUCACAGCGAGUUCGAGUUUCGAUAGCGGAAACGUCGGGCCACAUCACGGACGGUUGAGGCAAGAGAGCCACGGAGGUGCCUGGUGUCCAAAGCAGCAGAUCACGACGGAACCACGCGAGUGGUUGGAAAUCGAUCUUCACACGGUCCACAUGAUCACUGCCACCGGCACUCAGGGACGCUUUGGCAACGGCCAAGGUGUCGAAUACUCGGAGGCGUACAUGCUGGAGUAUUGGAGGCCGAAGCUCGGCAAAUGGGUUCGAUACAGGGAUGUUCGGGGCGAGGAGGUGAUCAAAGGGAACACGAACACCUACCUGGAGUCGAAGCACGAACUGGAGCCACCGAUGUGGGCGAGUAAAGUUCGCUUCUGGCCGUACAGUUAUCAUCGUCGCACCGUUUGCAUGCGGGUAGAGCUAUACGGUUGCCCAUGGAACGAUGGGAUCGUGUCGUACUCGAUGCCACAGGGCGACAAACGUGGCAACUGGGAGUUCUUCGAUGCGACUUACGACGGUUACUGGGACGGCCAGCUUCUACGUGGCCUGGGACAGCUGACGGACGGCAAGAUCGGGCCGGAUAACUUCAAGAUGAGUUAUUACGAUUUCGAUAGAGGUCAGGGAUGGGUUGGUUGGAGAAACGACACCAGGUCCGGUCAUCCUCUAGAGAUCAAAUUCGAGUUUGACCACGUCAGGGAAUUCUCCGCCGUGCACAUAUUCUGCAACAAUCAGUUUACCAAGGAUGUACAGGUGUUCUCGGAGGCCAGUAUAAUGUUCAGCGUCGGCGGAAGAUAUUACACAGGUGACCCGAUCGUGUACUCGUACAUGGAAGACAGGAUCUUCGAGCAUUCGAGGAACAUCUCGAUCAAGCUGCAUCAUCGCAUUGGCAAGUUUGUUAAACUGAAGUUCAGCUUCGCCUCACGGUGGAUCAUGAUCAGCGAGAUUACUUUCGACUCUGAUAUCGCUCACGGAAAUUUCACUCCUGAAUCGCCGCCCACGACGGAAGCUCCGAGACUUAGGGAUCGAAUCUCAGCCCGCGACAAUCCUCUGCAAGCCGAAGUUCCAGUAGCGAAGCAGGAAGAUCCAACCUACAUGGCCGUAAUUAUCGGUGUUUUAACCGCGGUCAUCCUCCUGCUUGCCGUUGCGAUUUUCUUGAUCGUCACGCGACACCGGCAACGAAAGAAUUUUGCCAGUCCUCUUGGUACCAAGAACGCGAUUCCGUCGAGCAAUCAUCAACAUCUGUCGCCAGAAUCCGCGUACGGUACCACGGAGAAGGAUCCGUCGUUGAUGACGUACCGAGUCGAGGAACUCGACGAUCGAUACGCCGGAACCAAGCUAACGACGCUGCCUCGCGACUUGAACGAUCGUCUACUAGGUGACGUCAGGUUGGACGAGUAUCAGGAACCCUUCUACGAGAACAAGCACCGAGAACCGCCUCAUGCCGCUUAUUACGGUUAUAGCACUGUUGUUAUAGACAACAAGGACCUCCACGACAGCGUUGAGCAGUCUGAUGCCACCUACGAUUAUGCAGUACCAAUGCCUGUGCCUAGUGUAAGCAGCGAUCAGGACAGCGUGUUCUCCAAGUCUUCAUCAAGGGGUAGCGCAAAGGCGUGCUUGCAGAGCUUUUUCCCUCCACCACCGCCCCCGAUGAGCGCGCCACCCCCACGAGGCUCCAGUAAUCUGACGUACUCGAAUCCUCCGAGCCCGGAACCAGUUUGCGAGCGCGAGCGCAGAGGAAGCAAGCGCCGCGAACACUCUUUGCACAGAUAUGCGUAAGGACUGUUUCAUCCUGCGGAAUGCACGCGGUACGCCGCUAGAUCCAAGGUACGAUAACAUUUCGUACUUCACCUUGAGAGAUCGACCGUUUGAUCCAAGUCUUCAGCAUCCAUAGAUCGGCUAUCAUCUAUCGUUCCUAUUUUUAAUCUUCCACUUUACACGAUUCUCUGUUCUCCACGAAUCUUACGUUGCAACGAUGUACCGCCCAGUUCGUUUCUAUUUGAUAAAUUCGAUCGUCGAGUCUAAUUCCCCGAAAGAAAAAAAGAAUCUACAAUGGAUGCUGAAGAUCUAGCGAAAAUUCGAGCGCUGUCGAAGCGUCGAAACGAAGCGGAAGAAGAGGACGAAGAAGAGGAAACGACAAGAGAUCGAGUUCGAGCGCAACCGGGACAUGGAGAACAUUUUUUGUUCGCGUCGGAAUUCUCGAACGGCCCAAUUAAAAAAAAAAAAAAAAGAUUGGAACAGGCGAAAAGCCGUCUACGAUUCGACGCAGCCACUCGAACCGCGGUCUCGAUCUCAUCGAAAUCUUUCUCCACGAGCACUGCCAUUCGCGCACUUUCCGAGCGUACCGUAGAGUAGAGGCGCAAUACCUCGAGUGCCGCGCUUAAGAGGACUUAACCUACUUGCAACCGGCAGGUAGGCGAUACGCGUAACCGGAGUUGAAACUACAAUUGGCAUAUCAGUUAAACGGCAGCAAGCUGCCGAGACUCUUCUCUGGAAAUUCGUCUCGUCGAAACUAAUGAAAAAGAAGCGCGAUUCGUGAAAUCGACGCGUCGAGCACAACCAUCUACGAUCUCUAUAUUUUCUGUCAGUUUUACCGAGUAACAGGGUGUGUACACGACCACGAACCAAGAACAAACGUUGUAGCACGCGUCGUUCUUCGAUCUUCAGCGAGUUUUCAUGAAUUAUUAUAGUCGAGGAUAACGAAGCUUCGAUUUCACGGGUCGCUACGAGUCCGCGUUAUUUGGAAACGCGUUCGCACGCCGCAGUUGCCGAACUUUCUUUCCGUUCAAAAGACUUUCGUUCCCCGCAGCGAAGCUUUGCGAAGCUAGGCCAGGAUGGAACACGCGCGAAAAAGUUAUCCUGUAACCCUCUUCUCCCUUAAAUUCCAAACUCCGUGAGUGAGUUAGAGGGUUUAGAAGUUCCGGCUGAAAGAAGAGAGUAAAAAGAGCAAAGAGGGAGGAGGUAAAGAGAGUCGUAUUUUUCGUUGAUACAGCCUCGCGUGUUCGGAACGUUUUUCCGCGCGAUGCUACAUUUCUUCCGGGCCGAUAAAAUGCACGAGCGUUAGCAGCUUCGUUGAACCGUUGUUCCGCGAACGAAAUUGUAAUUCGCGUAGGUCGUGUUUUCGCCGCGGUAAAACGCGGUCGCGAUAAGAGAACCGGCGCGAUGCAACUGGACGCGACUUGACGCGGCGCUGCUACGCGACCGAGCGGAUUUCCAGAAGGAAUCGCGUGUUUAAUGGUUUCGUCUGUUCGGCGCGCAUGUGCAACCAGAUCGAGCUCGCUAUCGAUCCGUGGCUAGGCAAACGAUAAAACGGCAGAGUGAAAAAAGACAAAAAAUAAAAAAAAAGGUAAAGUAAGAAGCAAUCGGAGGCGAAGAAAAAAGAAACAGAGAAGCGGUUUCUUUUUUUAUUUUUGGUCUUUUUAUUCUAGUAAAAAUAUUUAUUCGGUUUUGGCGAUUUCUGCUCACGACCGAUAAUUAAUCGCCGUUAAUUGUUGCUUUGGAAUGCUAUUCAUGAACGAUUCCUGCGUGAUAGAACGAACGUCAAGUAUUGUCGUGGUAAGAACAGGAGCGAAGCUAAAAAAGGAUAGGGGGACGAGAACGUGCGGAGAUCGACGCGAUGAUAUCGAACGGAAAACGGUAGCGGUAGGGACGUGGAAGAACAGGCUUGGGGUGGACGGGAGAGGGGGGUGAACAAAAGAUUUGUGGGAAAAGGAGAACGUUAGCGAGCUUCGAUCCCGCCUCACACAAGACUGACGUCAGAUAAAUAAUCCAGUAUCCCGACUAUGCUGUAAUACGUGCAAAGAGGCACGUGUACGCGCCUUCGUAUGUGUUUUGCCGUAUUAUUUAUUAUCGCAGCAUAUAGCGCCCCGUAAACGAAUCUUUAAUUUAUAUACGUAUUAUACACACGUACGCGUAUAUGUGCGAUAUAUAUACGAGGGAAGAGAAAAAAAAUUAUAUAAAUAUAUAUAUAUAUAAAUAGAUAUAUAAAUACAACAAAGGUAAUGCGUAAUUAUGGCGCGUCGGCGAAUUUUAAGCGUAUAAUAACGAUAUAUUAUAUAUAUAUUAUAUAUAUAUUGUAUAAGCCCAACUUUAUUUCUCUAUCACUACCGACAUCGCCUUCAUGCAACGAGAAAAUAAAAAUCAAGGGAUUAACCGGCGUAAGGAAUCGACAAUACAGGGAUGAGACAACAAUAAUUAAAUACAUGUGUACGUAAAAGAUGAAAAAAAACGCGAAGAAACGAUGCGAGAAAAUAAUGGUAAAUAGAUAAACGUGAUUUAACGCGAGCAUGGAGAGAACCAACCACAUUGUGAUAUGUUAAGAAAACUAAUACUAAUAAAAGUUAGAAGAACGAGACGAAGACAGUCGCGAGACGUGACUCUAGGCACAUUUGAUAGAUCUCGCGCUAACUUCCACGAGGAAGCUCUUCGUCGAAUCUCGGCGCACUUCUCUUUUAUUAAGUGAACGAUUCUCGAAGCAACUAUGUAUAGAACGCUUACAAAAUAUAUUUUCGAUUUAUACUUCGAGCCUUUUACUUCUAUACUCUAUCGGAUGUAAAGGAGUUGCAAUGUUUAAGCAAAGAUCGUUUAAUGAAAGAUUCAACGAAGAGUUUUCUUACCGAAGCCGCGUUCUCGUUCCUGGCCGAACGAAGGGAUACACGCGUAGCAUCUAACAACGAUCGGAAACUUACCUAUGUAUAUUUAGUGUUUAAUCGUCGCCACCGUAGAAUGUUAAAAGUAAACCGUAAGAGUGACAGCUUCGAGUGCUUCGAGUGUAAAUAUAACCGUUAGGGACCUCGUGACACACACACAACAUACACACACACGCACACACACACGUAUACUUUCUUACCUAUACACACCUUUCAAGCGCCUUAAGUUGGGGGGCACUGAGCAAAUAACUUGGUCGCAAUAAUAAUCGUCGUUUUCUGUUCUUUCUUUCUACCGUUGUUAUCUUUUAACUUUCAUUUUAUCCAAGAUUUAAAAGCAAAAGAAAAACGAAGAAAAUGAAACGAAUCGCAAAGAGAAAAAGAAUAUCACGUACAAGCGUUAUCGUUUUCGACGUUAUCGCAAUAAUUCAGCGGCGGACUGACAAGAGCGAACGAGAAUGAAAGGAAAGAAGAGAGAACGGUUGCUUCAAGGUCCUUUCUCAUUUUGUAUCCGGCAUCGCGACGAUCGAGAAGCUGUGAACACGAGUUCCGGUAUCGCGCGUUCCACGAUGUUCCUCCGCAUCGCGUUCAGCUUUCAAACUUCCGUUGACAGCCUUACGCGAGCUCGGACAGAGAAAGGAAACGGAGAUCCUUAUUGCGCGCCGCAAUUUUUCACCGAACUUCUGCAAUAACCCCGGCACCGAGCAUUAAGUACCUUGAACUUCCUGCACUUCCAGUACCUAGGCAGUCCGCUUCUGGCAAUAAUCGUCAAUUUAUCUUAAAGCGUGCACAGACGGUAAAAGGAGAAUGACGUUCACGUGCAGACUAUACGUUAAGGAAGAAUUAAAUCAAUAACCGGUCAGGGGUCGGAGAGAAUUCCGAAGGUUCUUAGAGAUUCGCUAAUAAAGAGUAAGAAAAAAAAAGAGAUAAAAGAGAUGGAAAGGGUGUAAAGGAGUGGAAAAAAAUGGAAGGAGAUCGUUAAAGAUGGUGCACACUCCCUCUUCGUUGGGAUACGAAGAGGAAGAUAAAGAUGACGAAGGACGGUACUUUCGUGCCUGCUCGCAGCGUACUUCUUAGGAUACUUUAUGGUUCCUUUGUGCAGCGAAGCUGCAUGCUGCCGACAUGUCAAUGACAACGGUGCGCCGAGUAUGCACCGAGAUCGUCGAGAUAUCGCACGCUCGUUCUAAAUCGUCGCUGCAACUCUCUCUCCCAGUGGCUCACAGCCUUAUUCGCGCGAGUUUUAUUAAACUUUACACGCACACGUUCUAUACUCUCUCGCAGCGGGGAGGGGGAAGAUCCGUUUUAUCUUCAACGGGAUAUAUUCGCCACGAUUUUACAUCUCAGGAAGCGAUAGUUCUUCUCGAAAUCGUAAUAAUCGCGAGAUAACGUAAACGAUGUGAGUUGCGAGGAUUUUCCCUUCGUCGAGUCGUUUAUCAUUAAACUACCCGGCAGUUAUUUAAAUUUAUACCCAUUUUCUAAAGAAGACGCGAAUCGAGAAUGUAUUUCUUUUGCACCGCUAUAUCCACCGUCAACCUUUUUCUUAGAACGUCUGUGUAGGCAGAACAAUUUCCACGUUAGUCCGGUUCGUAACGACGAAGACAGAACGAUCUAGAAGCUCGGCAAGUAGAAUGCUCCCUAACAAAAAAUCCCUAUGAAAGAACUUCGAUCGAGCAUUGCCCUUUUCAACGCACCUUGUCGUUUGAUAUUAACAUCGACCAAGACUCCUCGCGACCUCCUCGUUCCAUCUACUGCUCGUCGAGUCUACGAGACUUUUCGAUACGCGCCCGAUGCAACGAUUACCAUACCGUCGCGACUUCUGUUUCCUGUGGCGCGGCCUUUAUGAGGCCAUAGCCUUUUUUAUUCCCGCUGUCUGAACGUCGAUGCGACGAUACGCGAAAAUACGGUCCGGCGAUAUCGUUCGAGAUACGACGCGAUCGGUUCUGCAUCGGUACCUACGAUACGGAAAAGACACGAAGGCUGUAGGGGGAGAGCUGCAGCGAGGCAACCGAAGAAAGUCCCGUGCAUAAAUCAGCCGUUACAACCCUUUUUCGAUCCGACAUGAGAAAUGCGGGAAGAAGCUCGCCGAUAGUGACGGCCAACAGGGGAAAAACUGGCCCAUCUUUUAUUCCAAGACGUACAAGUGCGUGCGCUCGCGAGCCUCGUAAUAGGCGAGGAUUAAAAAGAAAACGGGACGAGUCAAAGCGUUUGAUCGAGCCUCGGGGUGAUAUUAUGCGUGAGUCUGCAUCACACACACGAAAGUGUUGUUAGAUGCCCGACGAAAGUUGUUGGUCGUGGCAGAGAAGACUCGGGGAUCAGCCAGAAUUUAUGCGUCGAUGGUACUGGCACGUUCAGUAGAUGCAAACGUAGUAGUCAGACACGAGAGGCUGGGGCGAGCAACACCGAGGACUAUUGUUUCUUGUUAAUUUUUUGAUAGCGUGAUAAACCGACGAAUAAUUAUAAACGUUUUACAAGAUACUUAUCUCUUUGUUCUUAAGUUUUUUUGUAUUUCGGGCAUAACAAAAAAUGCGUACAUUGUGCUUUUUGCAGGAAGCAAAUGUCAACAGUUACGUUACGUAUGACGAUAAUAUAAAAUGUGAAAUGUUUUAUACCGUAUUUACCGUUUUUUUUUUUUUUCAACUUCUCUUAGGUCACGUCGUUGAAGAACUAAAGUAGAAUUUAUAGAAUUUAUUGAGCGAAUUACGGGGGUACUCGAAUCUUGAGGCUGGGAUUUAAAUAAAAAUUCAAUCGAACAAGUAACGACCAACUCGCAAUUGUUUAAGUAAAAUGUGAAAGUUUGUGAGUUUCGUUCGUUUUGUCUUCGUUACUGUGAAUUAGAUGUUGUACGAGAGGAACGAUAAUAUUGUAAGUUAUAGUUUAGAGAAAUUUAGCAUAACUCGAGAAUACAGUAUGUACUGAAAUCAAUGUAAGUUUGCAAUAAAACAGCUGUGGCGUCGAUCUCGGUGCAUUUCUUGCUCAAAUAUAUAACUCUAUCGAAGUCUCGUUUGAAUAAGCGCCUGUUUGUCGAAACAAUCUCUAAAUAAAAUAUCGUCAGAGCGACACUGUUGUUGCGUUCACUUCGACCACCUCGCGUAUCGACAUCGAUCGUGCAAAUAUGAGGGAUGUCGGAUGCUUACGUGCAGCUACACAAGCACGCAACGAGUAGAAGGGAACGCGACGAGCAGGUACGAGGAUGGAAAACAACGACGAUCGGUUUAUAUCAUAGGUUUAACAGGACGACGGUUCAGGAAACAUUUUCGCCACCCCGGAACUAUUAAACGCGCCGCAUUAUCUCUCAAUGUAUAUAGCAAUUGUAAUUUAUACAUAAUAUGUGUAAACGUAUUAUAAAUAAGCCCGUCGAGACACGGGAAGUGACCAUUUUGUAUAUAAUUGUAACAUAUAGCGUGUAACUUGUAAGAGAAUGAAGAACGAACGACGGAAAGCGUGAAAAUUUACAUAUGAAGGAUGUAUGUACGCGUGAUUGCGAGACAUGGAAUAAUAAUAAUAAUAAUGAUGAAAAGGUAAAAAAAAUAAAUAAAUAAAAGAUACCACUGUGAGUGUAAUUAUAAUUGAUCAAUAGUAAUAACGAGUACCGGAUGCAUAUUUGAUAUUUGUGUGCCUGUAUCCUUUUGUAUGCUAACGAGAUAGACGAAAAUAAAACUAUACAUAUUAUAUUGUACUAAUUGCGACGUAGGAGGAAACAACUACGUGUAACGAAGUGUAACACGUGCACACACGAGAAACACACACGCGUAUCGUACACGAAGAGAUACACAAGAGAAGACACACACACUCUUCCAGUUGCAUACACACAGAGGAAACACAGACCAGUCUAUCUGUCCUGGAUUGGACGAAAUAAAACUUUUAGCGAAGCGAA